UUUAAUAUAUGAAAAAGGAUUCAAAAGUCAACUUUUAUCCAUGAAUCAAUGUUUUUGCCAAAAGUUUCGCUUUGUUGCCAUCAAUUUAGCGAAUGCGUGGCUUUGGAUUGUGCAUUGUAUUGCGAUUACUUUUGGACCAAUCUUAAUCUUCGUUGUUAAUUCUUCGAAUCAACUACCUCAAACAUCCAUUCAGUUCAUCUACAAUAGUUUUUGGAUUUUGGUCAAUUACCUAGGAAUAGUUUCUACUUUAUAUAACACGAUAUUACCCGGUGCUCUAGUAACAAUUCAUUUGUCUUACUUUUACUUCAAAGCUGCUCAUGUCACCCAGACGGCAGAGGGUCUUGCGACUGAAAGAAGGCUUUUGAAUAAGGUUGACUAUCUGCAUCAUUAUAAAGCUACUGUUAGUGAGAUCAUCCAAUAUCAAAAUGAAAUUGAAAAACUAAAUGUAAACAUAAGAAACUGGCUCAUAUUUCUGUACAUCGGACUUUCGGCUGCUGCAGAUUUUGGGAUGUUCAUUGCAAUCUUUGUUCACAUUGAUCGAUUUAUGGACCUUUUCGUUGUAAUUGUUACAAGCCUUGGCGUUGUAGCCAUCGGAGCUUGUUCAUACACCAAUGGAGUUAUAUUAACGAUGAUGAGCUCUUAUUGUAAAAACCUAAGGAAGGCGACUAGAUGUUUACAGUUGAGUGCAAGAGCUUUCAUAAAGGGAACUGAUUUACAAGAUCGACUCUCAAGGACUGAUAUAGCGUUUACUAUCGGUGAACUUCUGGAUAUGACUCCUCGAGUAUUUGUAAUU